AUGAUUAAAUUUAUCAAAAGAAAUUUUCAGCCCUUCACCAAAAACCCAACUGAUCUAUUAGUCCACUUAUUUUCUCCUAAAUUUCGUGCAAGCUUCACACAAGCCAAAAAAAUUACUCAAGAAGUAAAAGAACGAAAUGAGAUCGAAGAUUUGAAUUUAAUCCGAGAAAUACACUGUGCAUAUUCCUCGUCUAUACUAUUAGCAUCAUUUUUAAAUAGCGGAGAAAGAAUCAAAGUGUAUUCUGGGCACGAUAGUGUCACAUUUGGUCAAGCUUUUAAUGUUGAUGUCUUAGCUGAGUCAUGAGGGGAUCAUUUCAUAAGAGGAUUUGCGAGAAAAACAGAAGUAGAUUCUACUAACGAGCAAGGCAAUUUUUGCGUUGAAAGAAGAAUUUUUGGAUCAGGUGAACCAUUUGUUUCUGCAAGAGAGCUAGGGGAUUUCAAUAAAGGACUCUUUGAUGAGGAUGUCCAGCAAUAUUGCGACUCAAGCGAACAAAUUCCUUCUAAAGUGUAUAUUUCUGGCAAAAAUUUCGAAGAUAAAUCAGGAAAUUACUCGACUCUAGGACUCUUGAUCCAGAUUCUUCCAGGGACUGAAAAAGAAUAUAUUGACGAAAUUUACGAAAAAAUUUCUCAAAAAUCAUUUUUUAAAGAAAUUCACAACACAGAUAUAGAUGAAAAAUCCAUAAAAAAACUAUUUGAAGAUGUAAAUGAUGAUAUCACAUAUAGCACAAAGGAAUUCACUUUUAAAUGCGACUGCACCAAAGAGCUAGUUCAAAAAUUCCUGGAGUCAAUGGACAAAGAUUCCCUCAUCAAACUAAAGCAGGACCCUUAUCAGCUUAUAAAUUGCUCAUUUUGCAACAACCCUUAUGAGUUCUCAAGAGAUGAAAUCGAUUCCUUCAUUGCUGACGACCUUAUUGACCUAUCAGUCAGGAGAAAAUAA